AUGCAUAUUGACGGAUCGCUUAACUUGUUUCGCUUGUUACUUGACGAUUUUGUCAUGCCUUAUAGAGAGACUUUAUCUUGCUAUUGGCAAGACUAUAUUCUACGUGUACUUUGUCUUGGUUUACGUGGACAUGCCACGUCAGAUGAGAGGUGGAAAUGGUUCAAGAAUUGCUUAGGAGCACUAGAUGGAACUCAUAUUAGAGUGAGAGUACCUAUGAAUGAUAAACCAAAAUAUCGUACUCGAAAAGGUGAAAUAGCUACAAAUGUCUUAGGUGUAUGCUCCCAAGACUUGCAAUUCAUAUAUGUGUUACCUGGUUGGGAAGGCUUUGCAGCAGAUGGUAGAGUUUUACGUGAUGCCAUACGUAGAACAAAUAGUUUGUGUGUUCCAAAUGGUUAUUAUUACCUUGUAGAUGCUGGAUAUACUAAUUGUAAGGGAUUUCUUGCUCCAUAUCGAGGCCAACGUUAUCACCUCAACCAAUGGGAAGAUGAGAAUCCUCCUAAAAAUCCACAAGAUUUUUUUAAUAUGAAGCAUUCAUCUACUAGGAAUGUCAUUGAGAGAUGUUUUGGCGCAAUUAAGAGUCGAUGGGCAAUUCUUAGGAGUCCGUCAUUCUAUCCAAUAAAGACUGAAAAUCGAAUCAUUUUGGCAUGCUGUUUGCUUCACAAUUUUAUUAGAAGAGAAAUGCCUAUUGAUAAUACUUAUAUGCAUUCAGAGAAUGAGAUUAACAGUGGAGACGAAGAAGAUGUUGAUGGAUCCAUAAGAAGUAUUGAAGCUUCUGAAGAGUGGACAACGUUUAGAAACAAUUUAGCACAUGAGAUGUAUAGUGAAUGGAGGGAACGUAGGAGAGAAAGCUAGUUUUUUUUUUCUUUGAUUAAAUGCACAAUGAUUAUCUAGGUUUUUAUAUUUGUUUUCAGUUGGCUAUGCCAAGUUAUUUGACUGGUUGUGUAAUUGACAACAUUGAAAUUGAUCUUUGAAUUUAUGUUUUUUUAUUGGUGUGUAUAUCAAUUCAGUUUUGUUUCUUUACUGUUGAAUGUCUUUAUUUCUCACAGUUCAACAUUUCAAUUCUAGUUUUUUAGUUUUACAUUAUUUUGAUUUC